CAAACGAGUUCGGGAGGGAGUCGUCGCACCAGGACCAAGGAAAAGGAAAAGGACGAGGACGAGGACGAGAACGAGGACCAACAAGUUGCCAACCGAACUCAGUCCGGUUUCCCGGAAGUGAAAGCAGCAAAACGGCAGCCGUGGAUACCAACGCGCUGCGCAGCUCAGCCACUGUGAAAGUGACCCCGUCGCCGACGACGACGACGACGACGACGCCCCUGACAAUUUGUCAGCCGCCCCCGCCCACCCCGCCCUACCAGCGGCUAACCAAAGCGCUGCAAUGCGAUCCGCGCUGCGGCCACGAGGUAACCAUCGGCCGUCGCAUUGGCCUCUACAGAUUUUGUGGCGACAUCGGACGCGGCAACUUCUCCAAAGUCAAACUCGCUGUCCACCAGCUGACGCGUGACAAAGUGGCCAUUAAGGUGGUGGAUCUGGAUCGGGCCGGUCUCGAUGCCAAGGCGCUGCGAAUGCUGUCCAGUGAGAUAGCCACUCUCGAGUGUGUUCAUCAUCCAAAUAUACUGAGGCUUUUCGAGGUGGUCGAGACUUUGGGACGGGUCUAUCUGGUCACGGAGUGGAUUCGCGGUGGUGAGCUGUACAACCACAUUACCCAAGGCGGUCCCCUGAGGGAGAUUCAUGCGGCUCCUUUGCUGAAACAGCUCCUGCUGGCCGUCAAACAUAUGCACAGUUUGGGCUACGUGCAUCGGGACAUCAAGGCGGAAAAUGUCCUGCUCCUCUCGGAAGAUCGCCUCAAGCUGGCCGAUUUCGGUUUCAGCACCCAACUUAUCAAUGGUGCCAAUCAAAAGCUCGAUACGUUCUGCGGCUCACCGCCGUAUGCGGCGCCCGAGCUCUUCUCCGAUGACCACUACAUCGGAGCUCCCGUGGACGUUUGGGCCCUGGGCAUCCUGCUCUACUUCAUGGUGGUCGGAAACAUGCCCUUCCGGGCACCCACAAUACCCGGCCUGAAGGCAGCCAUUCUCAAGGGCGACUAUCUGCUGCCCGGCCAGCUCAGUUUGCCCUGCAUAAGACUUAUUCAACGCAUCCUGAUCCACAUACCCGCCCAGCGGCCCACCAUCGACGACAUGCUGAACAGCCAGUUUGUGACCUGUCCCAAGCUGAGUGCGGACCUGAUGCAGUGGGAGAUCAGCCAGCACAGCAAGCCGGUGAAGCGGUCGAUCUUCUGGGUGCGCAGCAAGUCGCACCGCCUGAGGAAGUCCGCCUCUCUGAGGGAUCGGUAUGCGGAGGUGGUGAAGAAGCCGGCCAUUAGUAUGAACACGCGGCAGCAGGACGAGAUGUUUGUGCAGAACUUCCUGCAACCGAUCGAGAUGGGUCACGAGCUGAUGCUCCAGGGAUCGGGUCAGCUGAAGGAGGCGCAGUCCGCGGAGCAGGCGAAGCGUCCUGCCAGGCGGUACAUGUUCUGCGGCAGCCUCAAGAAGAAGGUCACGCCCAUGGAAACGGACACACCGGAGAAGCAGCUGGCCAACGGCGGGCAGUGCGGAUCGGCCAAGAUCAAUCCGUGGAAUGUGGAGGUGGCCGAGGAUUGCCCCCUGUUCAAGAACUACGAUGCGGAGACGGGCAGUUGCAUCAUGUUGCCCACGAGCACCGAGGAUCUCAGCCAACUGGGAGCUCUGGAGUUCGAGGCUCGCCAGAUUCUGGCCGAGCUGGGCCUGUCCACCGAGAUGCUGAUCAAUGCGAGGCAGAGCGGACCCCGCUCCGACAUCAUUGGCGCCUACAGGAUCGUGGUCAACCGGUUGCAGAAGCAGUCCUGGCUGGCCCGGAAGCACGUGGAGAUGGCCCUGCACAGUGAGCCGAAGGCGGAGAAGCGGAUCGAGAGAUCGUGCUGCAUACUCUAAGACGACCGUGAAUAGAUGUUGCAUGUUUAUAUUAAUCUCCUGGUUCAGGUGGUCCCGAAGCUACCCCGAAAGGAAAGGCAAACUUGGGUUUCUAUGGCAUUUCGCUGAGAAAUAAGGGUUAUUUCGGUUACCCUUCUUUGGAAAAGAAAAUAAGAGGUUCUAAGAACUUCCAGCUUGAGCCUAUAAUAAUCAUUGUUUUGGCUGUAGCUUGAUUGAAUCAACAAAAACCAGCUGGUAUAUCUUGCCCUCUUGUUUCGAUCAGCCUCACAAAUUAGAUUUGUUAUUAAUAUUAAAUAUCGAUCUGGUUAUGUUAGGCUUCUAUUAGUAAUACCAAAAAAGGUUAGGAAAAUGUAGAAUGAAUUUUAAAACCAGUUCUCCAAAAAGGUGAAUUUAACUCUGAGUAUGGCAUAACUAGAAUUAACUUCUUAAAGAAGUUUAAAAAUAAAAAAGAGUUACAUAACUGAAAUCAGUUGCUUAAAACCAAUUGGAUUCUUUGCGAAAUUGAAGUUUGCCUUUCUGGGGGAAUAAAGUCGGAAGACCACAGGACAAGCCCAAUUAGUGUCAAUUUGCCAGCUGCAUAGGCGCGAGUUUGUUGUUAACGUAGUUUCCUACAUCCUUUUCUUCGUGUAGCUGAGUUUGUCCAAUCGUCGAGUCCAAAGGCGGAUAGAAAAGUUGAUAUAUAUAUAUAUAUAUAGAAAUACAUACAUAUAGUCCAAGUAUUAUGUAUUUAGUUGUUGGUCCAUUUUUGAGCAUAUACAGACGAAUAUACGAAACGAAUAUGAAUAUUAUGAAUACAAACAUACAAAUACAUACUGGGCUAAGGCGAUCGAUCUCAUCGAGUCUUCAAUGUACAACGUUGCAUAAAAAUGUUUAAUUGAUCAUCAAAAAGCGAGUGUGUCUGUCAGUAAGUGUCACUCUACGUGUGUUUUUAAAUAAUUGUCUCCCGUGGAGUCAAUCGCGUACAAUAAAGCAGCAUUAUGAAUCGCUAAGAAUCGCAUUC